CUGCUUGCUCCGCUGGCCGCGCCGGCGGUGGUGGUGUACAUGCUGAUCAUCGUGAUGUCGUCGGCCACCCAGAUCUUCUGCGGCCAGCUCGGCAACGUGCAGCUCGCCGCCGCCUCCCUCGGCAACAACGGCAUCCAGGUGUUCGCCUACGGCCUCAUGCUCGGGAUGGGGAGCGCGGUGGAGACGCUGUGCGGGCAGGCGUACGGCGCCGAGAAGUACGAGAUGCUGGGCGUGUACCUGCAGCGCUCGACGGUGCUCCUCAUGGCCACCGGCGUGCCGCUGGCCGCCAUGUACGCCUUCUCGGAGCCCAUCCUCCUCCUGCUCGGGCAGUCGCCGGAGAUCGCCGGCGCCGCCGCGGAGUUCGCCUACGGCCUCAUCCCGCAGAUCUUCGCGUACGCGGCCAACUUCCCCAUCCAGAAGUUCCUGCAGGCGCAGAGCAUCGUGGCGCCCAGCGCCUACAUCCUGACGGCCAGCAUGGCGCUGCACGUGGCGAUGAGCUGGGUGGCGGUGUAUAGGCUGGGCCUAGGCCUACUGGGCGCGUCGCUCACGCUGAGCCUGACGUGGUGGGUCCUGGUGGCAGGGCAGUUCGCGUACAUCGUGCUGAGCCCGAGGUGCCGGGAGACGUGGACCGGGUUCACGUGGGCCGCGUUCGCCGACCUGGCGGGGUUCGCCAAGCUGUCGGCCGCGUCGGCGGUGAUGCUGGCGCUGGAGGUGUGGUACUUCCAGGUGCUCAUCCUCCUCGCCGGCAUGCUGCCCGACCCACAGAUCGCACUUGAUUCACUCACCGUCUGCACCUCGAUUCAGUCAUGGGUGUUCAUGAUCUCCGUGGGCUUCAACGCCGCUGCCAGCGUGAGGGUGGGGAAUGAACUUGGCGCCGGGAACCCCAGGUCUGCCGCGUUCUCUGCAUGGGUGGUCACCGCCAUGUCCGCGCUCAUAGCAGUCGUAGCCGGCGUUCUGGUCUUCCUGCUCAGGCACAAGCUCAGCUACAUCUUCACCGGCGGCGAGGCCGUCUCGCGUGCCGUCGCCGAUCUCUGUCCUUUGCUUGUCGGCACCAUUGUGCUCUGGGGAAUCCAGCCCGUGCUAUCAGGUAAUGCCAUAAUUCAGCCCGUGCUCUGCGGUAU